AAAAUGUUGUGAUUUUGAGGUCGAUUUUGUAAAAUGGCGGGGAAUCAGUGAUAUAAUUGCGAUACUUCAAAAGACAGUCCUAGUAAUGGUAUAGGAGAAAAUGCUCUUGCAGACUGUCAUUGAAGAAAGUUCAAGUGCAAAAAUUUGCGUUUUUGAUGAGAAAAGGAAUGUUAAAAUCUAUCCAUUUUUGAAGUCAACAUUAAAUGCUGAAAAUCUGAGAUGUGAGUCACUGCAUUUCAUAUGUUUUAAAAAACCACCCAAUUAUUAUGCAGAUUUGCUUCCUGCAACGUUAAAGAUCAAUUUUUAUGAUGGAUUUAGUGAUCCUGUUGGCUGGGGUUCCAGUUGCCAUAAUGAAUCAAAAAUUGCAAAAGUCAAUGUUGGCAGCGAUUUAUUGAAGGAAAUAUCAGAGAGAUGUAAAAAGAACGAUGGAUCAACAGAAAAGGUGUCAAUCCUACUUGAUGACGUAAGCAUGCUUUGCCGACACAAAAGCAUCAGUGAGGUCUGUAGGAUGAUCGCAUCUUUGGCGAAUGAAAAGUCACUAUUUGAAAUUGAGCGGGUAAUUGUAUUUGUGCAACGUGAUUUGCUCCCAGAGAUGGCUGUGAAUGCUCUAAGAUACAUUGCCGAUGCAUAUGUUUUGAUUGAUCAAAAAUCAGCGGCUACGAUUCGACAAGGAGGCAAUAGCAGCAACACAUAUAAAGUGGAUGUUAUUGUUAAAAAGAAGUCGGGGAAAGUAGUAAGAGAGAUUGGACUUUACUCUUUUACGAAAAACAGCAAGCUGAUAAAGUUGAAAGAUAUAAGUCUCACGAAUCAAGAAGACGAUGAAACUGAACAGAAUGACCCAACGGCAAACCUUCCGUUCAACUUGAAGCUAUCAGAUUCCGAGAAAGCCGCGCGUUCACAGGUAAGACUGCCUUAUAUGUUUGACACGGAGCAAAAAGCCGCACGGCUUAACAAACCUGGAAGCGGCAAGAUAAUUUAUCAGCCGGACGAAGGAGAUGACUUUGACGAGGAAGACCCUGAUGAUGAUUUAGACAUCUGACAAGCAAGACUGUCUUCGUAGGUUUUUAUAUUUUGGUGUUAUAGCAUUGUUAAUUGUAAAAAUAGCAAGCUUACUACAA